UGGGUCUGCGUCGUGCUUUGCACUUCUUUCACCGCGUUGAAAACGCUGCAGCUUUUGCGUUUGAUUUUUAAAACAGAUGCUGAUGAGGUAGAUUCUCAGGCUGAGAUUAGAUGAAGGCCUGUUCGGCCCAGCUUGAAAAACGCAGCACAAAAGAACACUGAUUGGAAGUUUUCAAUCGAGUUGCUCAGCAAUGCUUUCUGUGCUAUUUUUGCUUGCUCACAAGCUUUUUGUUGUCUCCCCUCCCCUCUUUCUUUUGCAACAUGCUCAAUUUGGAUUUUCUCUUCUCUGUGAUGCCCUUUUGCUCUUUUUUCUGUGUCUUCUGUCUUUCUCCCUGUCCAAACACCUCCGUUGCUCUCUGUCUCUCGGCUGCUCCUUCUGCCUGAUUGUUGUGGCUCCAGUGUCUGUGGCUCCUCCACCUCCUCCUCCUGUGGUCCAGCUGACCCCACAGAUCCCCCUGACCGGCUUCGUGGCCAGAAUGCAGGAGAGCAUAACAGACAGCCCAGCCCCACCUCCUCCACCUCCCCCAGAGGACAUUGGUGUCUUUGAAGAGCCAGCUCCCCCUCCUCCGCCUCCACCUGUAGACUACGAGGAAGAGGAGGCCGCAGUGGUUCACUACAACGAUCCCUAUGCUGAUGGAGACCCCCAGUGGGCUCCCAAGAAUUACUUAGAGAAAGUUGUGGCCAUUUAUGACUACUCCAAGGACAAGGAGGACGAGCUGUCCUUCAUGGAAGGGGCCAUCAUCUACAUAAUCAAGAAGAACGACGAUGGCUGGUUCGAAGGCGUCUGCAACGGCGUCACUGGACUCUUCCCUGGAAACUAUGUUGAGUCGAUCAUGCACUAUGCUGACUAAAGAAAACAAACAAAAAACCCCACACGUGAUGGCGCUGCAGAGGUAAUCCGUGAAGAUGUACAGACGUAUGCGGCGCAGCGAUAGCAGUUCAUACAGUUUGGAAUGAAGUGCCAUGGUGAAUUAAUAAGUAGUUUUCUUCUUUUGUGGGGAGAGGAAAGGGUUUGAUCUACCCUAUUAAAAAAAUAAAUACAUAAAUAAGAUGCCGCACAAAGUAGGAGGGUGUUGAAGCUUUGCAAGGCCUGUGUCUGGAAGUAAAGGCCUUUUUUUUCCACCACUGUCAUCAAACAGCAACAUUUUGCCUCACGACAAAAUGACGUACAUCAAUAACAACUUCAGUGGAUACAGAGUAAAUCUAGAUGUAGUGUUGCUUUUUCCGAGUAUGCAGUAGAUCCAGAAAGUGACGCACUGCUACAGUUUUACCGAGACAGUGUAACCGCUUUACGGUAAAGUGCUGCACACUUUUUCCUUCUCGUUUAUUUGUACUGUAGACCAUCAGACCAGCUCUUUCCUUCCUUUUGAAAAACAACGAUCUUACAUUAUCAGAGACCUGAAAAGGACAAACGAACGUCAUCAAGUGCAUUAGGACACAGCUGAAUGUGCCGUUGACGUCCAAAUCACACAAGGUGUUUAAAAAAUAUAUUAAGGAGGAUAAUGGCCAGAAGGAGCUGUGUAUUCAGUAUGCUCUCUGCUGUUGGUGGGGGUUGAAGUGAGUGUAUAGACUGAUCGCAAAAAAAAGAAAAGAGUUUCUUCUUUCUGAUGGAGUCUCUUUCUGUUCUCUAACUUGUAUAUAAACUGUAAUGUGAGAAGCUGCCAGUACAGUACAUUUGUCAGUGUGUUUCACCAGUGUUUCCAUCAGCGUCAGUGGGUGGGGGGAAGGGCGUGGUGCCAAGAGUGGAUGUUUUGAGAAUUUUUUACUUUACUUUUUACUUUAUUUUUACUUGAAAAUUAAUUUUAUUCAUCACCCACAGUGCCAUUUUAACGUGAUUCAGGCAAAGUGGUUGUGUACAGGCAUUUAUUUUUCUACGUUAGGUCACAACUAUAUCGUCUUGAUCGCCAUCACUGUAUUUGUCGAUGCUGUCCAGCUACUGUAGCAGAGCGCUCACGUGCUUGCUGCUUCGUGACGCGAAGCAGAGGAAGGACUAAGUCGUGUGGCUUUCUUGUUUUUUUUUCAUGUUGUUUCCAUUGUGCACUGAUUAGUUAGCGGUAACUGUGAUGACUUUUAUUUCCAUCAUGGCUUUUAUCACAAACACAAGCGUUGCCAUCUCCAAAGUAUCAACUAACCUUUAGGCUUUGUUUGUUCUUUCAGUGGUUGCUGGUGCGGUGCUUUACAUUGGUGCUUAAUAACCAUAAUCACCAACCCAAACAACCUCAAGUCCAAGACUCCUCCCACACAGAAAUGUAACAAAGGACUUUUAGUGUCGUUAUCGAUCGUUUUGAUUGUAAUCCUCGGCCACUUUUGUGUUUGUAGUGAAUGUAGGUGACUCGGCGAUGGUGAUGUGCUUCAGCUGGAGUCGCUUUAUGUCUUUUUGUCCGUUCUGUGCUACACACGAAUGACACCCGCUACCUGCAGUGAAGGAAGGAAUCUCAAUCUUUAGGUCUUAAAAGUUCCGAUUUGUCCUACGAAAUGAGAUGCCUGUUCUGGCGGAGUGAUUGUUGGUGCAAACUCGCUCUCAAAUAUCAUUCAAUAUAAUGCCUGUCUCAGAAUAUAUGUUUGUAACAAGUCAUAUGAACAUAAUCACGUGUACUUUAGAAUAAUAGGGGCAUUCAACUUUUAUUUUGAAAGGGAACAUUUUCAAGGUUUUUAGGCAGAAUAUGACUCAAUCAUAUCGACAGUAUUCAUAAAGCAUGGAAGUAUCUAAACGUCAUUACAGUGAAUGAUUCGCCACUACAUCCCUUUCUUGAUUGUAUUUAUUCCAUCAUGAGGUCAUUUUGUUUUGUGAGGACUUUUUCUACCUGAUGUAUUUCUAGCUCUGCAUUCAGCUUCUUUUUAUGUGUGAGACUGCUGAGGAAGGAUUCGAUAGCAGUUUUAUGUAAAUGAUUUAUUUAUACUUACUUUUUUCAUAGAGUAAUCAUGAGACAACCACCGAUGUGCAAAACUUUGUAAUGUUUACCACUUAACGUCUCUAGCAUUUCAGGGCAUCACAGGUCAAGGCGCCUUUCUUUGAUGUGCGUUUUCUUAUGAUCAUUUGUGGAAAUGAAAAGAAAAACAAAAAAACAUCUGAAACUUUAAUGUUCAUUGGAGCAGAAUGCGAUAUUUGUCUUCUCCUCUCAGUUUGUACAUAGGAUGUGUUCAUUGAAAUUUAUGUACAGCCUUUUUUGUAAUAAACAGCUCGAUGAAACAAA